ACGACGUAUCGGCCGGCGAGAUGGGUUUGCAUGCGGGGACCGAUGGGUUCCUCGCGGUGAACUCCAAUGAUUCUAUGUUUAAUGUACCAAAUAUGCUCGCUUGAUGCGCACUCUUGUGAUGCAGGUGCACGAUUACUGCGUUUUCUUGCGGUUGACAUACUUCUCCAGACAGUCAGCUUUGAGACGCGUGAACCCGUGACGACCGAGGGAGGAAUACGCUUCGACAGCUUUGGGCACUCGGAUGAUGUUGUCAGGAGCAUGUUCAAGGUAAAAUGCAGUCAGCCAUGUCGUCAUGGCGCGCUCCCUUCGCUUCUGCCACGAGUACGGAAUGACAAAAACGAAGAAGAUGCACAGAGUUCCCACGACCACGGCGCCAACAGGGCCGUCACCAAACACGUAUCGCAUCACCAAGUUGAAGGCAAGCCACGUCAUGUUGUACCACGUGAGAAAGCCUUGCAUCCUCUCGGGGUUCACCUUGGCAUCGAUGUCGCUGGGGAGGCUCGCGCCAGUCGACUUGAGCAAGGCAUCAAUUUGAUCACGGACAAUCGAGUUGACGUUCUGCAUGCCGCGAAUGUCACCAGGGAACGCGUUGUUCUCAACAGCAGUUCCUUCGUAAGGUCCAAGCGGCUCGAGAUCGUCGUCGGGGAGGUCGUUCGCCAGGAGCGCUCGAAUUUGCUCGACUUGUUCCGGCGAAAGGACGUACCCCUCCUUGUCAGCUUGGCCAGGGAUUGCCAAGUCGGGACUGCCACCCCAUCCUGCAGCGCCGCCCUCCACUCGGACAUCCUUUGCAGGACCAUCGGCCAUCGUUACGCAUGCUAACACAGCCAUCGCGACCGCGAUGUGGAAGCUCUUCAUGCUGUUUGCAAUCCAAAAGUGC